AUGUCCUUUAUUCGUCGCAUAUUUAGCAAGAAAAGCGAAGAGGACUAUGAAACCAUCCUCUCUAAUUUGGCCAAUGAAGUGCAAGAAAGGCAACUCAAACUAUCUGAAAUUCGUCUUCGAGAGCGUCGCUCGACUUUGGUUGUAACACUCUACACUUUGGCGGCUUGGGGAGCCUAUGUCAGCUUGUGGUACUUGAACAUCUUGCCGAGCAUCACAGAUGGAACGUACAUUCGCAAUGCCAGCAUGGAGAGGCUGGUGAAGAUCCUUCCGGUGACCAUAGGUCCUAUUAUAAUUCUGUUUAUCCGCCGAGUAGUGCAAAUUUGGUACAAACGCAAGGGAGACGCAGAAGAGAAAUACUUGAAGGAAUUGAUGAAGAAACGGCGAGACAAGGUUGAAGAAAUCAAGAAGAAAACCAAUUACUAUUCCACCCGUGAUCUUAUUCAAAAAUAUGACGACGCCACACCCUCAGCUACCCCUCUUCGUGCCCGAUUCCCGCAAGGUCAAGUCCCACCCACCACUCCUAUGCGACCUCAGGGACCGGUGAAUGGUAAUUCGGUUCCACAAACACCUGCGCCAAGUUCAGGCCUACAAGCGCAUCUUUCCCCUUCUACCCCUGCAGCCUAUCCAAUUGCACCACCGAGAAAGCAAUGGUACGACAAACUGGCGGACGCUUUGCUAGGGGAGGAUGACCCGAGUACCGCUUCACCGAGUUCACGUUACGCGUUGAUAUGCGAGAAGUGCUUUAACCACAAUGGCCUAGUCAAGGAAUCCAUGUGGGAGGAUGCACAAUAUGUUUGCCCCAAAUGCGGCCAUUUUAACGCCUCAGCGCGCUCGAAAAAGGACCCACAUCGUACUCCAUCGCCACCCUCAACGACGACAAUGCUUCCAUCAUCAGAUCAAUCUGGGUCUGGAUUGAAUUUGACAUCGAACCUUCCCAAGUCCGCUUCCAAAGAUAAUGAAGGAGAUUCGCCCACCGUCGAUGGCACUGAGUCAACCGCCAUGGAGGUUGAUCAACAAGACGAUUCCUCUUGA